UUGUGAAGCGCAUUAACUCGGAUCAGAUGGAGGAGUCUCAGCGCAGCUCCUUCAAAUCCGCCACAUUUUCAGCACCACUGCGUGACUGUGCUGCGCCUCAACUCCACUCCAUAGUGUGAGCGGUAACAGAGAUCUUCUCCUCAUUCUUUGAAAGUUCACAUCAGAUGCAAAUCCAUCUUCCGCUUCAUCUUUAGCUGGAAAUUGCGGGUGAACACCGCGUCCCUGUUGCUUUCCACAGCGGCCAGAGAUUUCCAGUAUGGGAUGAUCGGAUUAAUACCAUCAGAGUGUUGCGUUUUGGAGACGCAGCAGCAGUAACACUUCACACGUUUGUAGCGUUGACUUCAGGACUCACUCUGGACCUUUGGAAUCAGAGUUCAUCAAUAUUGUGUGUGGAUAUUUCAGUAGCCCAGGACUGCGUUUCUCAUAGUCUAAGGAUAUUUUUCAUAUCCUUAGACUUUAACCUGGCAAACAAGGACCUGGUAACUGGUAUAAUGGCCUACUGAAGCCUUUUCAUUAUUGUUAAUGACAUUCAAGGAUCACACUGGGGUUGACUGAAGCACAUUUCACGUUCCUUUGUGCUUUCGGCCCGCUCCGGACCCUUCUCACAUGGACCCAUCCAUGGCAGUAAGACGGUGCUCUGUGAUUUUCCACUAACCCGUUCAUUGGUAGUGUGUUUGAGCGGGAACGGGGUGGGAGGAGGAUGCAGGCCGGGCUGCGGGUACUGUGUGCCGGUGGAGGCGCUUCUCUCUGCUGCCUGCUCCUUCUAGGGCUCAUCUACACACACCUCCUUAAAGAAGGUCAGUUGGCGGUGGGCACGUGCGAGAUUGUGAUGUUAAACAGAGACAGCAGUCAGCCAAAGCGCACCAUCGCCAGACAGACGGCCCGCUGUGCCUGUAGGAGAGGCCAGAUCGCAGGCACCACACGGGCACGACCUGCAUGCGUGGACGCGCGGAUAGUGAAAAGCAGGCAGUGGUGUGAGAUGACCCCGUGUUCAGACGGAGAAAUCUGCGGCCUGCUGCUCAAUCACUCUGGCUGGACCUGCACCAAGGGAGGAGGACGAAUAAAAACCGUCACACCACUGCCCAAGGAGCCAUCUUAAAGGAUAUCAGCUUAGAGGAGGUCUACUGACAUUCAUGUGAACAUCGCAGACCAGAAGACAUCCAUCAGACCAGCACAUCUUAUCCAUCUUCGCACCCUGGAGCUAAAACAAGAAACCCACCACCACCACCACCACCACCUCCAACCCACCAGCCUCCUCCACCUUCUCCACACUUACAGAAGCCUGAAUCUUUGGACUUAGACAGUCAAGCACCUUUAGUGGGAUAUUUAGCGUCAUCCUUCUUGUUUUUUUUUUUUUUUUUCUUUGGAAAAUGAAUUUUAAAACCCAUAAAUUUCAAAUUUGCUGGAAAGUAGGUGAUAGGCCAGAAGAAGCACAUUGCUUCAAGUCUCUGAAGAUGCAGAAUGACCUGCUGACACGGAGUGUAGGAGUAUAACAUAAUUCUGUUUGGGAUCUUGGAUGCUCCAGUGUCCGAAAAA